AUGGCAUCUUACCACGGCUUAGAGGAUGACGCAGUGGCUCUGAUGGUGCCCGACAGCAACGCAGUGAAGACCGAGGAGUUCGUCAAGGACGAGCCGGUUCGUACCGAGCCCAGUUUGGAGAAAACGGACUCAUCCCAGAAACCGCCGUACUCGUACGUGGCGCUGAUCGCCAUGGCCAUACGCGAGAGCUCCGAGAAGCGUCUGACCCUGUCCGGCAUCUACCAGUACAUCAUCACCAAGUUCCCCUUUUACGAGAAAAACAAGAAGGGCUGGCAGAACAGCAUCCGCCACAACCUGAGCCUCAACGAGUGUUUCAUCAAAGUACCGCGGGAAGGCGGCGGCGAGCGUAAGGGUAACUACUGGACGCUGGACCCGGCCUGCGAGGACAUGUUCGAAAAGGGAAAUUACCGGCGCCGGCGGCGAAUGAAGCGCCCGUUCAGGCCUCCGGUGGCCCACUUCCAGCCAGGAAAGUCUUUGUUCGGGGCAGACGGCUACGGUUACCUCUCGCCUCCCAAGUACAUCCAGCCUAGCUUCAUGAACAACGCGUGGUCGCUCGCUCAGCCUCCUCCGCCGCCGCCUCCGCCGCCCAUGUCCUCCUACGCGUCGUGCCAAAUGGCGAGCGCUGACGUGAGCGCCCUUAACGUCAAAGGCCUGUCGGCCUCGUCCUACAACCCGUACUCACGCAUGCAGGCCAUGGGCCUCCCGAGCGUCAUGAACUCGUAUAACGGAGUGAGCCAUCACCACCAGCACCAGACGCAGCAGCUAAGCGCAGCGCCCCCCGCACACUCACCCGUACUCGGGAACAGCGCGACCGGCCUCCAGUUUGCGUGCGCCGCCCGCCAGCCAACCGACCUGUACUCGUACUGGGACCACGAACCCAAACACUCGGCCUUGCACUCUCGGAUUGACAUUUAA